GAACCUGUUUGGAGAAACACAACGCCAUUUUCAGUUCGGCUCCAGACAGAUGCGUCAGAGCUGAGACGCUAGUGUUGUCGUACAUUAUGAACGUGUGAUUAUGAGUCUGUUGUCUCUGCGCCACUCUGUGAUUUGAGCUCGUGCUGGAGGAAAAGGACUGUCAGUGACCGGAACUUCCCCCGUCGAGCGCCGGAAGACUGGAGACACACACAACUGCCCCAAACCCUCACAAACAGGCUGCGGGGCGUUAUAUUGACUGGAGGCUCGUGGAGGGACGAAGAGGAACAAACCCUGUCACGGUUGUGUGUGACCUGGAUGCUCCGCAGAACGGAUGCGUGAGGACAUGUCGAGCGUGGUGUGUGUGAAGGAGACGGAUGGGCAGGGGGACCCCGAAGAGAAGCUGUCCCAGGACGAGUUGCUAUGUCGGACACGGGAGGUCAUGCAGGGGCUGGAGGCGCUCCAUACAGAACAUCAGGCCAUCCUGGAGGGGCUGAUAGGGACCUUGCGCUGCCUCAAACAGAGCCAGGAGGGUCGUGCUGUUGAGGAGAAGACAGCCAUGAUCCAGCGCUCUAUGGAGAUGCUGGAGCUGGGCCUCAGCGAAGCACAGGUGAUGAUGGCUUUGUCAGGGCACCUGAGUGCCGUGGAGGCAGAGAAACAGAAGCUUCGAGCACAGGUGCGUAGGCUGUGUCAGGAGAACCAGUGGCUGAGAGACGAGCUGGCAGGAACCCAGCAGCGGCUGCAGAAGAGUGAGCAGAGCGUGGCCCAGCUGGAGGAGGAGAAGAAACAUCUGGAGUUCAUGAACCAGCUCAAGAAAUAUGACCAGGACCUCAGCCCAUCAGAUGAUAAGGACUCUGAUUCCAGUAGGGAGACACUGGAUGAUCUUUUCCCAGAUGAGCAGGAUGAGCCGGGCCCUGGCAUCCAGCCUCCUCACAGCAGUGCAGCCGCAGCUGCGCAGCAGGGAGGGUACGAGAUCCCCGCUCGUCUCAGGACCCUCCACAACCUGGUGAUCCAGUACGCCUCACAGGGCCGGUAUGAGGUGGCCGUUCCUCUCUGCAAACAGGCUCUGGAGGAUCUGGAGAAAACAUCAGGACACGAUCAUCCUGAUGUAGCCACCAUGCUCAACAUUCUCGCCCUCGUCUACAGGGACCAGAAUAAAUACAAAGAGGCAGCAAACCUCCUUAACGAUGCACUGGCCAUCAGAGAGAAAACCCUGGGCAGAGACCACCCUGCGGUGGCUGCCACAUUGAACAACCUGGCCGUUCUUUAUGGCAAACGAGGGAAGUACAAGGAAGCAGAGCCUCUGUGUAAAAGGGCACUGGAGAUCAGAGAGAAGGUGCUAGGGAAGGACCACCCUGAUGUUGCCAAGCAGCUGAAUAAUCUGGCUUUGCUGUGUCAGAACCAAGGCAAGUAUGAAGAGGUGGAGUACUACUACCAGAGGGCCCUGGAGAUCUACCAGACCAAACUGGGCCCCGACGACCCCAAUGUGGCCAAGACCAAAAACAACCUGGCUUCAUGCUAUCUGAAGCAGGGGAAGUUUAAGCAGGCAGAGACACUGUAUAAAGAGAUCCUCACCAGAGCCCAUGAGAGAGAGUUUGGCUCUGUAGAUGAUGAAAAUAAACCCAUCUGGAUGCAUGCAGAGGAGAGAGAAGAACAAAGCAAGGGCAAGCAGAAGGAUGGUUCUCCAUUUGGAGAGUAUGGUGGCUGGUACAAGGCCUGUAAAGUCGACAGCCCGACUGUCACGACCACACUGAAGAACCUCGGAGCUCUCUACAGGAGACAGGGCAAGUUUGAGGCUGCAGAGACUCUGGAGGAGGCGGCUCUGCGCUCCAGAAAGCAGGGUCUGGAUACGGCACAUAAGCAGCGUGUGGCGGAGGUGCUGGGAGACCCUGAAGUACGAGAGAAGCAGCGGAGCCGUGAGAGCCUGACCUCUGACACGGUGAAGUACGAAAGCGGCCCUGACGGAGGAGAGGAAGUGAGUAUGAGCGUGGAGUGGAAUGGGGACGGCUCGGGCUCGCUGAAGCGCAGUGGUUCCUUUAGUAAACUGCGGGCCUCUAUCCGGCGCAGCAGUGAGAAACUGGUCCGCAAGCUCAAAGGAGGCGGCUUACGAGAAAACGAACCUAAAAAUCCUGGCAUGAAGAGGGCCAGCUCUCUUGGAGUCCUCAACGAACCGGAUAAACCUGUGGCUGAACUCAAAGAACAAAAUAAUCGUCUGAGGAAGUCGCGAGACCUGAGUUCCAGUCACACUGACCUGGCGCAUUGAAGGUCUGCUGUUGGACGUCCCAAUGAAGAGAGGUACUAAGAGGUCUCCUCAUCAGGCUGAAGUGGACUGUUUUUGACGGGACUACCUUCUCCAGGGAUUACUUUUGCUCUUGUGUCUCUGUAUAUGUAUUUAAUUUCUGUUAGCUGUAGUAAUGAAAACUGAUGUAAAAACUCAACCAGAACCAAAGUUCACAACUAAUUUUGAGAUUAUGAUGUUCUGCAAAGAUGAAAAUUAAAAAAGAAAACAGAAAAUAGAUAUACUUUUUCAGGCUCAGGUUGAGAGUACUCUAAUGGCGACCGUGAUGCUAAAGUACUGAUUCAAUCAGACUUAUUCCCUUGAUAAACAGAGAACUCCACCGUGUUUAUGAAGGCCUAUGUUUACAUGAGUGAUGGUUCAAUGAUGCACAUUUUCUUAUUGCUUUUGAGAAGUGGAAAGGGAUCUGGUUUAUAAUGAAAGAAAUAGGAAAAUGGUGAAAAGGAAAUAAUUUAAAGUGAAGAUCUGUACGGUUAAACUGUGGAUUUAAUCUCAGGACUGAAAGAACAGAUUCAUUAUGCAAAGUAACGCUGCACUCUGAACCAUUUCAAAGGAUAAUGUUACACUAUCAACCCUUUGCAUGUUACAGAACUAAAUUGUGGUGGUCACCUCAGUUUAAUUGGUUACAUUUGGUUUAUUGAUGCUGUAAACUGAUUCUAAACAUGUUUUCAUGACCAUAACAACAGGAAGUCUUUCUGUUAUUUUGAGUAAAGCAACUCUGGAGAUAUAAGCACUGCCACUCCAGAUAAAAAUGCACUGGAACAUGAAUUCUGCCCCCAGAUGUUUAACUACAAUACCUGUUUGAAAGCAGUGUGCGUUGUGAGUGCCUCAGGCAGGUUCUUACUAAUGAAUGUGGAAGUUAUUGAGUUUGAGUGUGACAGCAGAACAGUUUGAGCUCUGUACGGUCAAAUGUCGGUCACGAUUUUAUUAAGUAAAUAAUACUGUGGUCUAAUAAUAGCCCAUUAUAUAUCAUUGUAUCAUUCUUUGAUUUAUGCUAAUAUAGUGCACUGCUCAACUGGCCUUCUUGACUUUCUGUGUUCUCUUAAUCCAUUUAACUCUUUCUAUGGGUGUAAUAUAUUACGGUCUCAUGCAGUAAUUUGUUCAUCUUGUGUGUGUGUGUAUAAGUGUGUUUUCUCUGUAAAACGCAUAUUAAUGUUCUGCAUUGUGAUGAUGUGCAAUAGGGUGAUCUCACAUGCAAUGUUUUACUGACAAAAGCUGGAAUAUCUGCUUGGCUUGUGUUUCGGUUAUCUUUGUACUCUAAACAAAUAAAUAUAUGAUUUACAUUUUUCUACAGAGUA